AUGCUUUGCUACGAGGGCCGGCUGAGUUUGUACUGCUUCGUCAGUGCAAUCUUCAGCCUGGCGCUGCUGUGGGUCUUCUUCGAUUUGGGCAUCUUUGCCGAUCCGGAGUGGGCCGGUUUUUGGGCCCGGGUCGUCCUGCUGGCCGUGUACUACCUGGGACUGAACGUCGUCAUCUGGCUUAAGUUUGCCACCAAGGAUUAUCAGGUCGCCGUCCGGGCCACCUUCCUGGGGGCGGUGUUCGCGCUCGGAGUGGUCAUCUUCCAGGCUGGCGCGGACGAGUACCGGUCGUUCGGGGUGUACGGCACGCUGAUGGCCGUCUUCCACUACUCGGAGUAUCUGGGGAUUGCGUUCUGCAAUCCGAAAACCCUGUCGCCGGAUUCGUUCAUCUUGAACCAUUCGAUUCAUUAUGCGCUGGCGGCCGGAGCGAGUUGGUUGGAGUUCUUUGUCGAGGUGUACUUCUUUCCGGAAAUGAAAAUACACUAUAUUUUGUGGAUUCUUGGACUGGUGCUGUGUCUGGGAGGCGAAAUUCUGCGAAAGCUCGCGAUGAUUACUGCGAGCAAGAACUUUAGUCACAUUGUCCAGUUCGAGCGCACCCAGGGCCACGAGCUGGUCACGGACGGCGUGUACGGCCUGAUGCGCCACCCCUCGUACGUGGGCUGGUUCUGGUGGUCGAUCGGGACGCAGGUGGUGCUCGCGAAUCCGGUGUGCUUCGUGAUCUACACCGUCGCCAGCUGGAAGUUCUUCCACGAUCGCAUCUUCAUGGAGGAAAUUACGCUGCUGAACUUUUUUGGUGAGGAGUACUACAAGUACAAGCAGCGAGUGCCGACGGGACUGCCGUUCAUUAGGGGGUACAAGGUGGAGCUGUGAUAUAUCGAGCGAGCCGGCGACGAGCUGCCGGACGAGGUGGAGGGCGGUGGUCGGCUUGAAGAUGGGUGGACAAAUAGCAGGGAAGAGGGGGGAGACGAGGAUGAAGAUCGCAGAAAUAUGACGGGUGGGUUCUACCACGGUCGCAAUCGGCGCUAUUCCGGUAGCUACGAUAAUUUGUACGACGAGUCGACGAUUGUUUGAGCGAGUGAGUGAGAAAUGUGUAAAUAGGAAUGAUUCUUUUUUUUUCUUCUUUUA